CCCUAGCUGGGUCCCCUGCCCAUCAAGCUAUCCCAAACACUCCAUCUUAAAUCAAAAGGGGAUUUAGAAGCGAGAAGAGGUGGCCGCCGCCAAUGCCUUUAAUGCCCAGGCCGGGAAGAAAGCCGGUUAGGAUCUGAUCCCGCUGAUUAGAGGACCCAGGAGCCUCCCGCCCUGGGUGCUCGGAGUGGCGGGGGCGCGCUGCGCGCUGCGGCGGCGCGGGCGCCGUGAUGCAGGUGUGACACCCGCGGACUCCUGCCUCCGCCGGGAUCGCCCCAGCGCCGCGUUCUCCCGAGCAGCCGGCCGGGCCACCGGGACGGACACCGCUCCGCCCGCACCCGGAGGCGGCCGCGUGCGGACUUCCCACCCAGAUGCAUUAAAGUGACUUGCAUUUUGUGGACUGUGAGGAGACUUGAGUGGAGGGAGGGAAGAAUGACAUUUGGUGUUCUUUGCACAGAGAAGCAUCCCCCAGGUAUUUGAGCAUAUUCCACAGAUAAAAGAAGAGCAUAACCUUCAGUAGCAGAACAAAUCAGGCCAGUCAGCAAGCUGCCAAGUGCUGUGGGCUCCUUGUCAAGGAGAACAGCUGGACCCAUUUCUAAUCAACGUUCAACACACCAACUUUGGAUUGCUGAAGGAGACCAGGCCAGACUUUGAAACUUUCCAAAGACUUCCAAUAGCCCCUGAAUGCAAAAGACAAAGGGUGUCACUUUCACCCAAGAAGUCUACAUUUAAACCUCUGUACCUAGCAUGGAUGAUGGUUAUUGAAACAGCCCAAACCUCUGUCACAGUGAAAGGAAUAUAGCUCAAGAGGCAAGCAGGCAGUCUCAGAACCGAGGAAUGGAUGACUACAAAUAUCAGGACAACUAUGAGGGCUAUGCCCCCACUGAUGGCUACUAUCGUGGCAAUGAGUCCAAUCCAGAAGAGGAUGCCCAGAGCGACGUUACGGAAGGCCACGAUGAGGAAGACGAGAUCUACGAAGGCGAGUACCAGGGCAUCCCUCACCCGGAUGACGUCAAGGCCAAGCAAGCCAAGACGGCGCCCUCCAGGGCAGAUGGUCUUCGGGGCCAGGCAGACCUGCUGGCCGAGCGGAUGGAAGACGAGGAGCAGCUGGCGCACCAGUACGAGACCAUCAUUGAUGAGUGUGGCCAUGGACGCUUCCAGUGGACCCUCUUUUUUGUUUUGGGUUUGGCCCUGAUGGCUGACGGGGUGGAAGUGUUCGUGGUGAGUUUUGCCCUGCCCAGUGCCGAGAAGGACAUGUGUCUCUCUAGUUCCAAGAAAGGAAUGCUUGGGCUGAUAGUCUACCUAGGAAUGAUGGGCGGAGCCUUUGUCCUGGGGGGCCUGGCUGACAAGCUGGGGAGGAAGCGAGUCCUCAGCAUCUCCCUGGCCAUCAACGCGUCCUUUGCCUCCCUCUCCUCCUUCGUACAGGGAUAUGGAGCUUUCCUCUUCUGCAGACUCAUCUCGGGCAUAGGUAUUGGGGGUGCUCUGCCCAUCGUGUUUGCCUAUUUUUCUGAAUUCUUGUCCCGGGAGAAGCGAGGAGAGCACCUCAGUUGGCUGGGCAUCUUCUGGAUGACUGGUGGCGUCUACGCAUCUGCCAUGGCCUGGAGCAUCAUCCCGCACUACGGCUGGGGCUUCAGCAUGGGCAGCAACUACCACUUCCACAGCUGGAGAGUGUUUGUCAUCGUCUGCGCUCUGCCCUGCACCGUGUCCAUGGUGGCCCUGAAGUUCAUGCCAGAGAGCCCGAGGUUUCUGCUGGAGAUGGGCAAACACGACGAAGCCUGGAUGAUUCUCAAGCACGUCCACGACACCAACAUGAGGGCCAAGGGGGCCCCGGAGAAGGUGUUCACGGUUUCCAACAUUAAAACUCCCAAGCAAAUGGAUGAAUUCAUUGAGAUCCAGAGUUCAACAGGAACUUGGUACCAGCGCUGGUUAGUCAGAUUCAAGACCACUUUCAAGCAGGUCUGGGAAAAUGCUCUAUACUGUGUGAUGGGGCCCUACAGGAUGAACACGCUGAUUCUGGCUGUGGUCUGGUUUACCAUGGCUUUAAGCUACUAUGGGCUGACAGUUUGGUUCCCUGACAUGAUCCGGUAUUUUCAAGAUGAAGCAUACAAGUCCAAAAUGAAGGUGUUUCACAACGAGCACGUGUACGGUGUCACAAUCAACUUCACGAUGGAAAAUCAGAUUCACCAGCACGGGAAACUUGUGAAUGACAAGUUCACAAAGAUGUACUUUAAACAUGUACUCUUUGAGGACACGUUAUUUGACGAGUGCUAUUUUGAGGAUGUUACAUCGACUGAUACCUAUUUCAAAAACUGCACCAUUGAAUCGACCAUCUUUUAUAACACAGACCUCUAUCAACAUAAGUUCAUCAACUGUCAUUUUAUCAACGUUACCUUUCUGGAGCAGAAGGAGGGCUGCCACAUGGACUUAGAGCAGGACAACGACUUCCUGACUUACCUCGUCAGCUUCCUUGGCAGUCUGUCUGUCUUGCCGGGGAACAUCAUUUCUGCCCUGCUCAUGGACAGAGUUGGAAGGCUCAAGAUGAUUGGUGGCUCCAUGCUCAUCUCGGCCGUCUGCUGCUUCUUCCUGUUUUUCGGCAACAGCGAGUCUGCAAUGAUCGGCUGGCAGUGCCUGUUCUGUGGGACCAGCAUCGCUGCCUGGAACGCGCUGGAUGUGAUCACAGUGGAGCUGUAUCCCACCAACCAGAGGGCAACAGCCUUUGGCAUCCUCAAUGGAUUAUGCAAAUUUGGCGCCAUCCUGGGAAACACCAUCUUCGCUUCUUUCGUUGGGAUCACCAAAGUGGUCCCCAUCCUUCUGGCGGCCACUUCUCUCGUUGGGGGUGGCCUGAUUGCUCUUCGACUGCCAGAGACUCGAGAACAGGUCCUGAUGUGAACCACCUACUGGGGAAAGGAAGUGUCGGAAGAACCUCGCCUGGGAACCUCAACUGUGCCCACACUUCCUGUCUGUCACUGUCCAGCGGACACCUGGAUAGCGCAGGAGGAAAAGUUGAAUUUGUGACCCCUAGUUUAGCACCCAUUUCAGCUGUCUAUAUGUUUGUAACUCAGGUGACUGAUUCAGGGGUUUCCUGAGCUGUCCUCCCGUAGAAUCCCAGAACUCCAUGCUUGGCUUCUAGUGUCCCCAGCCCAAGGGGGAGAACACCCUCGAGCGGGAGGACAGACUAAGCGAGGGGUGUGUAUUUCUGCAAGUGAGGUACAAGGACUUUCUUGCAUUUCAAAAUGAACUUGAGAAACACGCAAGUCCCUCCGUAAAGUUCCUCGGAGCCCAAGGACUUAACAAAUUGACUUGGUGGGGAAGUUGAGUCAUCAUCUGAAUACUGAAGUACAUACGAUACAUAUAUUUUUGCAGUUAAAGUGUCACUCCUCAUAGAUUCCAUUUGAAAAUUGGCACAGUAGCAUUGAAGAUACUCUGAUAUAGGAAACCAAAUAUCUGAGCAAUAUCUGUAGAAAUCUAUGUUACCCCCUCCAAGAGUCCUCUAAGUUUUCCAUGAUGAUUAGGGGGUAAAUUGAAGAAUAAUAUUUAUUCCUAUUUUGAGUCAAAAACACUUAAGGGGAUAGGCAUUCUGUAAACUAACUUUGUACAUAAUUGUCUUUGGGUUUCAUUUGCAGAAAUGGUGUCUGCAAGUAUUUGCCAGCAUUUAGCCAUAUUUGGAGAGGAGUUGGUGUUUGAGGUCCCAGGAAAUUGGGGCUGAUGGAGUGAAGUGGAAGCAGAACUUCUUAUAGCCAUUUAACGUGCUGGCAGGAGGAUGCACUUCACGAACUCACGGUGCACUGUUCAUUUCAUUCAGGCUCUUUUCUUCUUGUGGGGGAGAAGUUGUUUCCUCUCUUAUACAGACCGCUGGUUAAACGCAAGCUCACCAUCAUCCAUCCUAGCAUUUGAUGUGCCUGCUCACCCGGAAGCGACAUGGGAAGUGUUCCGUGGCUUCUGCCAUCUUCUUUGUAGGCAAGAAUAAGACGCAGUGGACAGCGUUGAGGGUGGAGGGAGGGGUGGGGAAAUGCAGCCGCAGGCCUUCAGAGUGUGAACUUGGCAGUGAAACACGAUCUGUGUUUAUUACAAUGGUCAGAUCCCAUGAAAAAUCUCCUCUGUGCGUCUCGGUUCUGCUUCUUUUUAAAGCAGACAUUGGCAUGGAGGUUAGGGAGUGCAGGACUUGUCAUAUAUGUUUUUCUUCAGUCCUCACAAGGAACAUUUUCCUGAGAUCUAGUAUGAAAUGUGAAUGGGGGUAGGGGUGGGGGUGGGGUGAGGAACUCAGGACAAACUGCUUUGGCAAAGGUCGGUAAUAGAUUGAAGUCUUGAAUCCAUUGAAAAAGAACAACCAUUUCACCCAUCAGAACUGUCUUGCAUGGAAGGGACUGUGAGCUAUAAGCCCUGGGUCCCUGGAGGUGAACCCUGAGGCCAAAUGGACCUCAGUCUGCAAGAACCAGUCCUUUGAUUUGUGAUGCUUUCAAUUCUAUAAAGUGCCAGGCUUUCACUACCAGAAACCUCAAAAGUUUAAAGAAGAAUAAAGAUGGCUGUGUUGAGUUUAUUUUCUGUUUUGGAGAAACACUUAGGUCCUGUGAUAGCUUCCAGCCAUCCUUUGGUUAUUCUCUGGAGUAGAAGGUGGAGAGGAGAAAAAGUAAAUUCCUGGCACCUCUCUAUCCUGGAUCUGAGAUCAGUUUUAAUAAUUAAAAGGUUUUCUUUGCUUCUCUUGCCCACUGAUAAUUGAAUCACCAUUUUCUCUCUGUGCAGGGAAGAAAGAGGCAUCAACUCUGGUUUGAUAUCCUGACUCCCCCAAAUGCGUAAAUGUAACAUUGUGUAUUAGUGUUUCUCUCAGUUCGUUACAGGAGUUACCUAACAUCAAUGCUACAUCAAUAAUGAGAGGAUCAAUGUAACAUAGCUGUAAUAUACUUGCUUGUGAUACAAAAUACACUGGCUAGGUUCAUAAAAGAGAACGGUGUAAACUGGGAUUACUACAUCCCUUAUAACAUGAUUUUUUCAGUGGGAUACUAUAAUUCGAUGAACAGUUACUGCUUAAAAAAUUUAUAAGGCAGCAAAAGCCUGCAUUUCUAGUUAGGAUGGAUCUUGUAAAUCUAAAUCCCGAUUCAUUUUUGAGCGUUGGGAUGGCUGCCACGAUUUGGGGUAAACUCCAUUUGAUUCCCAAGUUCUCACUUCUGCAUUAUCCUUAUGGCUCCGUACAGCAACCGUCUAGCCAACCAAGGGCAAUGCCCAUCCCAUCCAUCAUGCAGGCCUUUGUAAAGGUACGGUCUUGCUCUGUAGCCUUUUCCCAUGAAAGAUUGUCUGGCACUGGGACCUGGCCACUUCUUAAAUGCUGUCACUCCUGCUGAGAUAAAUGCGUCUUUAAAAAUAGUCCUUUUGGCAGGUCAUUGGGGGAUAAUGUACAGUAUUCCUGGCCAGGCACUUCUUUUUCAUUUCACAUUCUACCCUGAGAAACUCCCUAUGGCAUUCGUGGAGAAUCAGAAGGAUGAGGCUGUCCCUCGUUGAGCAAAUCUGUUCGCAGUUCGUGAUGUAUUUUAUGAUGCCCAGUUUGGGAGAAGAUGCUUUUAAUGGUCUCAGCUGUAUUGUGUCAUCUCUUGAUGCUGAUUUCUUGAUCUUUUGUUUUACUGGAAAUAAAUAGUGAAAGGGGUGUGCCUACUUGUGACGUUUAUGGCACACGACCUUGAGGUCAUGUAAUAAAUAACCUCUUUCCCAGGGUUUCCUGGCACCUUGUAUUAGUUCAUUAAAAAUAAUAAUAAAAUUAA